AAUAUUUAAACCUAAAAAUUUGCAAGUCUGACUUUCUAAACGCCAAAUUGCGAAAAUUGUGUACGAAACAACGCCAUUUCCAUUUCGUGUGCAUUAUUCUGUGAUAAUUUUUAUUAACAAAGUUAAACAAAAUCAACAAACAAAACUAACCAAAAUGUCGCUAACAUACGUGAACAGUAACAACAACAAAAUUAAUAGUGCACUGGAUUGUUGCGAAUCGCGCACAGUACGCACAAUUGAUACGAAACAUUUGCAACAGCAACAACCACAACAGCAUAGUGUCAAAGUGUCAUCGACAAGUGCCGCAUUUGUUGUGAACAGCGGUCUCACGCGCUUGACCAGUGCAAUAGAUUUCGCCACUGGAAAUACCGCUACAUGCCAAAAGUUAGCGACGAAAACCGCUUUAACAGCGAAAAUGCAAAGCGCCACAUUAAAUUGCCAAACGCGCGCACACAGAAGGAUGCCGAUGAUGAAAUCCUAUGUACUCCUGCCAAUCGUUUGCAUUGUCAUAUUGGCGCAAAUUUCCACUACUUCAGGUCGAACAUUACACGGAAGAAAACGAAUAAUUCUACACUCAUUAGAGAAUCGCCUGCAACAUCACAAACAAUUAAUGCAGAACGAACGUGAUGAUUUAUCGCCUAUACUACAUAGUCUACAACCGCAACGUCGUCAUCACUUGAAUGUGCGUUCGCCCAGCCAGUGCCCAGAAGAACGUAUGAAAGCAGCUCUAGAAAGUAUACGAAAUCAAGCGCUUAACUCGCACAGCACGCUUAUGGGGGAUAUUGAUGGAUUUACUAAAGUUCGUUUUGCUCAAACUAAAGAGAAUACCUUCAAAAACUGGAGCAGACAUAGUCUAAGCUUAGAUCAUCGAUAUAAUACAUCGGUCACCCGUAAAAUUGGAUUGGAUGAACAAACAUGUAACAAUAUGAGUUUACCACAAAAAACAAUGGAUGAAAAAUUGCGCGAAAUUGCUGACAUAUGUAGAACAUUCAAAAUCUUGCAAAGCGUACUCAAAGAAACUGUAAACGAGAAAAACAAGAAGGAAUGGCAAGAUACAUAUAAUAAAGAAUAUCAUGUUAUAAUCGACUUUUUGAACAGCACAUCCAAUGAGCUCGCGAUUAAUAUAAAUGCUGCACACGGUGCAUACAAUAGUACAAAAAACUGCACUACAAUAAAUUUUGAUCACCUUAUUAACGAUACCAUCAUACCCAAUUACAACAGAAACGCCCAGGUGAGAGAAUGGUUGAUAGUUGUGGAAAUCAUAAGCUUCUUCCAAUUUGUAAUAACCACACUCAAUGAAAUGAUUUGCAAGUAAUGUAUAGAAAUGCAACAAAAAAAAAAAAAAACAAAAACAAAACAAACAAAUUAUGUACUUAUGUACAUAUGUAUGUAUGUAUAUGCCUAAGAGGCCGUCACACCGAUUCAUUAACAAUAUGUAAAGGAAUACAUAAACCAGUAAGCAAUGAGGCGGAAUAAUGUUUUUCAUACAGAUUUACAAAAGAAUUUCAGUGUGUACGAUUUUUAGCGAAAGACUUCUCCUAUAUAUAUAUGUAUAACCCAAUUAUGACUUAUAUUUUAUUACUAUAAAUGAACAAAAAAGGCUUUUGCUUUUCUAGCUUAUGAUAAUUUUCCAAUUCCUAUAAUUAAUUUUUAAUAAUUUAAUUAAAGACAGUUUGUUAUAGCAACUUGACGGUGCGAGUGCGCACAAAAUUUUCGUUUUAUAUAUUGUAUUGAAUUUUGAAAACAAUUUUUAUUCCAAAGAAUCAUUAUACGAAGCAUAUAAAAAAAAUACUGAAAAAUAAUUAAAUAUAUGUAUAUAUACAACAUUAAG